GCAAAUAACGCGUCAACAGAAGAAAAAACGAAAUAUAAAUAACGAAAAGUGUAUCUCUAAAGGAAUCUCAUCAAAAUGAGUUGCGGAAUCUCUAUGGUCAAAUAUAUACUAUUUAUAUUUAAUUUACUGUGCUCGAUAUGCGGCAUAUUAUUGAUUGUGUUCGGUGCCUUGCUCUUCAGCAACAUUCACAGCAUCGAUGACUUUUCGGAGGCGUUGCGCACCCAACAGGUGCCCAUAACAAUGAUCGUAUUGGGAACUGUGAUUUUGCUGAUCUCCUGGUUUGGCUGCUGUGGCGCAAUCCGCGAGUCCUACUGCAUGUCUAUGACUUAUUCGGUACUGCUGUUUGUGUUGAUGGUCGGCCAAUUGGCCUUGGUCGCCUACAUGUGGAUACAAAAGGACAAAUAUCUAAUGAUUAUGGACGAUGUUGUUGAGAAGGCGUGGGAUCGCAGAACACGCAAAGCCGACUACAUGGAUGCUAUACAGAUUAGCAUGGAAUGCUGCGGCCGCAACCAAUACACGGACUAUCAAUUCCAAGGCUACUUCCCGCCUUCUUGCUGCAAGGACACCAACAACUGCCGCGUGGAGACCGUCUAUCGUCGCGGCUGUAAGCAAGCCUUCAGGGAAUUCUGGGAUAGAAACAGCGACAUCAUCAAGUACACUGGUCUGGUCAUUGCGGCCAUUGAGUUUGUGGGCUUUGUCUUUGCCUGUUGUCUGGCCAAUAGUAUUCGAAACUAUCGACGUCGUGCGGACUAUUAAAGAGCACUUUCCCUCCAUUGUAUUCAUCUAAGAACGCGCAUUAUUAAUUUUAAUUGAAACCGAAAGUACGAAAUCUGUUGCCCAAUUUUAUUUUUAUUGAAUUUAACCGAUGUACAAGCUAAAAUGGCCAUUUAUAUUUUGACAUUUGUAUUAUUAUUCAUAAAUUUGUUUAAUUGCUACUUACACCAAUAACUGCGAGAAGCCAUGACAAAUUUUUAUUUGCAAUAUUUUACGUUGAUGUUAGAGAACUGUGCUAAUUGUUUAUUGUACAAAAUAAAUAUAUGUGUACAUUUCAAUAAUUUAUAAAUACAUGCAAAUAAUAGUUUAACUAAAAUAAACAUUUGUAAGAUA